CUUUUCAGUUAUAUUCCUUCAAAUUUUCCCGCUCAUUUGUAAGAACAAGUUCCCAGAUUUCUGUUCGGCUCUAGGGUUUGGCUCAUCUCCUCCAUUCUCCAAGCUGCUUGCAAUUCUCCGAUGCUUUCCACUUCAUAGUCCCCUUAAACCCUAAACCCCCAAAAAAUGAGCGCUUCCAGUUCCAUGGACGUCUCUAUGCAAAGCCCCAAAGACGUCGAUGUCCCCAACCAAAACGGCGCCGUGGCAAUAGACUCAGCUCCUUCUCCCAUUCUUCCCCAAGACAAAGUUCUCGUUUCAGUUGAAGUCAGCCUCAAGCCCUCCAGCACAGCUCGGGCUGACGAUGUGCGGUCUGCUGUAGAGAGAAUGCUUGAAAAGAGGAGUCUGAGCUACACUGACGGACCUGUGCCUGUGCCGCUUGAUGAUCAGUUUCUAACAGAAAAUGUGCAAAGUAUCUGUAUUUGUGACACGGAUGAGUGGGUGCAAAACCAUGACAUCCUUUUGUUCUGGCAAGUGAAGCCUGUUGUGCAUGUUUUUCAGCUUAGCGAAGAGGGAGCAUGUGAGGAUGUAAGUGGGGAUGGACAACCUUCCACCUUCAACGAAUGGAUUCUUCCUGCAAAGGAAUUCGAUGGCUUGUGGGAAAGUUUAAUUUAUGAAUCUGGUCUCAAGCAAAGGUUGCUGCGGUAUGCGGCUAGUGCAUUGCUUUUCACUGAGAAGGGCGUCAAUCCUUUCCUUGUGUCAUGGAAUCGCAUUGUUCUUUUACACGGACCUCCAGGGACUGGAAAAACUUCUCUAUGUAAAGCACUGGCUCAAAAACUAUCCAUUCGGUUUAACUCCAGAUACCCACAAUGCCAGUUGAUUGAAGUUAAUGCACAUUCUUUGUUCAGUAAAUGGUUCUCUGAGAGUGGCAAGUUGGUUGCAAAGCUUUUCUCAAAAAUUCAGGAGAUGGUAGAGGAGGAAAGCAAUCUGGUAUUUGUUUUGAUUGAUGAAGUCGAAAGCCUUGCUGCUGCUAGAAAAGCUGCUUUAUCUGGCUCCGAACCUUCAGAUUCUAUUCGGGUAGUGAAUGCGCUGCUAACUCAGCUGGAUAAAUUGAAAUCAGCACCAAAUGUUAUAAUUCUGACAACAUCCAACAUAACUGCUGCUAUUGAUAUUGCGUUUGUUGAUCGAGCUGAUAUCAAAGCAUAUGUUGGUCCCCCAACUUUGCAAGCGCGUUAUGAAAUCCUCAGAUCCUGCUUGCAUGAACUUAUACGAACAGGAAUUUUAUCACAUCUAGAGGAUUGUGAUAGCAUGCUUUCUAACUUUGCUAGCUUGAGAGAGAAACUGAAUAUGCCUGAGGUACAAGAUGCCCAGACACCACUACACCUGUGUAAACAAUUGUUCGAAACUGCAGAAGCAUGCGAGGGAUUGAGUGGGCGAUCUUUAAGAAAGCUUCCGUUCCUAGCACAUGCGGCUCUUGCAAAUCCUUAUGGUUGUGACCCUAGCAAGUUCUUGAGUACAAUGACAGAUACGGCUAGGAGGGAGCGUUCUGAGCUACCUGACUGAACUGAAUAGUUUUCACAUCUUGUGACCCAUGUAUUUUUACGCUUACUGCAAACGAUGACAUUAGUAGCUUCCAUUUGUGAUGAAGAUAAUUCAUACAAGAAUCUGUACCAAAAAACAAAUCGGAAAAAAACAGGCAAGGUUCGAGUUCUUGGCACAA